CUGAACCUUUUUCUCCCGUGAAAGAAAAAUAUCUCUCCCUUCAAUGGAUUCCCCGAAACUCCCGCACUCUCUCUCCACCUCCUCCGCCGUUAAACCUCACCGGAAAAACCUCCCUCCUCGUACUUACAUCCUCCUCGUCAUCGCUGUAUCCUCCAUUCUACUCCUCCUCUUAACACUCAUUCUCUACGCCACCGUCUCCAAAUCCUCCCACAACCGUCUAAACACACCGCAACAACCUCCUCCAACCGCUCAGAUCCGCCUCGCAUGUAACGCCACGCGUUUCCCAGACCACUGCUUCUCCUCCCUCUCUAAACCGGGUCUGGUCCCGCCGGAUCCUAAACCGGUUCAGAUCAUCCACUCAGCGAUCUCCGUCUCCUACGAGAGUCUCAAGUCCGGUCAGACUCAGAUAAAAUCCAUCCUAGACUCCUCCGCAGGGAAUAAAAACUGCACGAACAUCGCCACCAUUUGCCUCCAGAUACUCUCCUACUCCCAGCACCGCACAGAGUCUUCAGACGUCGCGGUCACGUGCGGGGGAAUCAAAGACGCACGUGCGUGGAUGAGCGCGGCUCUCGCUUACCAGUACGACUGCUGGUCAGGUCUCAAGACCGUCAACGACACGGAGCAAGUCGUGGACACCAUCGCGUUCUUCGACGAUCUCGUGAAACUCACCGGCGCCGCGUUGAGCAUGAUGGUGUCCUUCGAUAACUUCGGAGACGACGUCGCUUCGUGGAUCCACCCAGCGACGGAGCGAGACGGGUUCUGGGAGAAAACCGGACCGAGUUCCGGUACGGUUUUGGGUUUUCCGUCCGGUUUAAAGGAAGACGUGACGGUGUGUAAAGAGUGUGGUUAUAAGACGGUGCAGGAGGCCGUUGACGCAGCGCCUGAGAGUAACGGAGACGUUAGGUUUGUGAUACGGAUUAGAGAAGGUGUGUACGAGGAAACCGUUAGGGUCCCGUUUGAGAAAAGGAACGUCGUGUUCGUCGGAGACGGGAUGGGCAAAACGGUCAUUACAGGGUCGUUGAAUGUAGGGCAACCAGGGAUGACGACGUACAACUCCGCGACUGUCGGAGUUCUCGGCGAUGGAUUCAUGGCACGUGAUUUAACCAUAGAGAACACGGCAGGAGCAGACUCCCACCAAGCGGUUGCGUUUAGGUCAGACAGCGAUUUCUCAAUACUCGAGAACUGCGAGUUUCUUGGGAACCAAGACACUCUCUACGCUCACUCUCUUCGCCAAUUCUACAAACAAUGUCGGAUCCAAGGAAACGUAGACUUCAUAUUCGGUAACUCAGCCGCCGUGUUCCAAGACUGCAACAUCUUAAUUGCUUCAAAACAUUCCAAACUAGGAGGAGGAGGAGGCGCGAAUAACGUCAUCACAGCGCACGGGAGGAUCGACGCGGCACAGUCCACAGGGUUCGUGUUCUCGAACUGUUCGGUAAACGGAACAGAGGAGUACAUGAAGGAGUUUGGAGCUAACCCUAAGAAGCAUACGAACUACUUGGGAAGACCGUGGAAGGAGUUUUCGAGGACGGUUUUUGUGAACUGUGAUCUUGAGUCUUUAAUUAGUCCUGAUGGAUGGAUGCCUUGGAGCGGUGAUUUCGCGUUGAAGACUUUGUAUUAUGGGGAGUAUAACAACACGGGUACGGGAUCGGUUAGGUCGAAUAGGGUUCCAUGGAGUAGUGAGAUACCUGAGAAUCAUGUUGAUGUUUACUCUGUUGCCAAUUUUAUUCAGGCUGAUGAGUGGGUCUCAAGGCCUGCUUGAUAAUGUAAAGGAAACUUGCAUUUAAAUCGAAUGGUAUUAAGUUAUUAUUGUCAUAAAA